AUGAUUGGCUGGUGUUGGUCACAUGACGAUAACACCAAGAUGGCGGCCGCCGCAGCUGUCAGGAGCGGCAUGGCUCUGACCCUCAGAGCGUCUCGUCUCUUACCUUUGUGCAGUGUGUGCCCUGUGUGCACUUUAAGCAGAUGUGGAGACAACAGCGCACAGAUAGUGAGAAGAGGCUAUUUGGACAAUUACGGGACAAUUCACAGAAAUUUACGGACAAGUAUAAGUCUCUAUCAAAGUGAAGAGGGGAACUCCAAUGCAGAAGACCCACAUGAUGUGGUCAAUGUAGUUUACAUAGAUCGGUCUGGUCAGAGGAUUCCUGUGAAGGCUAAAGUGGGGGAUAAUGUUCUUUACUUGGCUCAUAAGAAUGGCGUUGAUCUGGAAGGAGCAUGUGAGGCCUCUCUGGCCUGCUCCACCUGUCAUGUUUAUGUAAACGCUGAUUAUUCUGACAAACUGCCAGAACCUGAUGAGAAGGAGGACGACAUGCUGGAUAUGGCACCGAUGCUCCAGGAGAACUCUCGUCUAGGAUGCCAAAUAAUCAUCACACCUGAUUUGGAUGGAAUGGAGUUAACUUUACCAAAGAUUACCAGGAACUUUUAUGUGGAUGGACAUGUUCCUAAACCUCACUGA